AAUCCAUUCCAUCUCCGGCAAAAAUCCCAAGCGACGGCAACGGAGACCGCGACGGCGACGGCGAAUGCGAAGGAGGAGAAAACUCCUUGUUCCUGGUGACGAGGCAGGAUGCAUGUGGGAUGUGGAGCAGGGAAGUUAAUAACGGGUGGAGAGUUGAUUCUCAAGAGAUUUUGCAAAACAUUAGUGGAAAAAUUGGAGUAGCAUCGGAGGAAAUGGUAUGGGGCCAUCUCCAUGUGUUUGGUCGAGUCAGCAAAGAAAUCCUCAGUUUAGAGAUUUCGGUGUUAAGGGAAGAACGUAUGUCGGAGCUGGAUACGGGUAUGGGUUUGGAUACGGAUCUUCCGAUGGGUUCGGCGGUGUUAGUGGUGGUUUGAAAAGGGAACUUUCUGGGACCGGCGUCUUUUUACCUCGAAGAUACGAGAAUAAUAACUAUAAUAGCAAGGCAUCAGAAUAUCGGAAGAAGUCAGAUAAGUGGAUGGAGAGAUUUGGUUGUCUUGUAAUUGGUCCUGGCCUUGGAAGGGACCCAUUCCUGCUUGUGAGUGACUUUUAA